CGCCGAGCAGCCAAUGGGUGAGCAGAGGGAGGAGCCAGGGGCCGGACCUCGUUCGCUUCAGAAUAGGAAAUAUGACAAAGGGGAGGGGUCAGUGAAUUUAUACCGAACACUCUCCUCCCAUCCGAGUUUGACAGAGCUAAAUCCCAAAUCCCAAAGCAGACAGAAUUCAGUGUGGAUUAUCCCUGAAACCGAUCAGAUGGGAAGGGAGAGACAGUAGGAAACGCAUCCCUCUAUACUUCACUGUACUGGGCAAUAUAGGAUUAAAGUUCGCUACUACGAUUUUAAUCCAUUUUCAGAAUUAGAUUAAUCCACCCGAUUCGUAAACAAAAAGUACAAAAAAUACUUGCGUUCGCUUCUGAAUGAGUAAAAUAUCAUUAAUAAGAAGCAGUGAUAAGAAACGGGGGGAAGUUUCAGGAGAAAAACUGUUUUUCUUUUCAUUCGCCAACACAAACUGCUAGGCGGAUUUGUUUUUUUUUUUUUUUCUUGCCCGGGAAGAGCGGGUGAAUCAGCUAGAAUCAGCUCGGCAGCUUCUCCAGGGAAACCGGGUUCGACACACCGAGGAUCAUGCGUGCGUCCUGGAUCGUCCUCUCCCUGUGCCUGUUGGAAGGAGGACGCGCCGCGUACUUCUCGCAGGAGCCUCAGGACCAGAUGGUGGUGAGCGGUCAGUCCGUGACGCUGCCCUGCGUCAUCGUGGGAUACCGCGGCAUGGUGCAGUGGACCAAGGAUGGGCUGGCGCUGGGAGGAGAGAGGGACCUGCCAGGCUGGACCCGGUACUCCAUCAUGGGAGCGCCCAUGUCGGACGAGCACAGUCUGCUCAUUGACUCUGCUGAGCUGACGGAUGACGCUGUGUACGAGUGCCAGGCCACGCAGGCUGCCCUGCGCUCCCACAGAGCCAGGCUCACUGUGCUGGUGCCCCCCGAGGACCCCACAGUGGACGACGGGCCGGUGGUGAGGCUGAAAGCACACGAGCCCUACAACCUGACCUGCAGAGCCUCGGGGGCGAAGCCAGCCGCGGAGAUCACAUGGUACCGGGAGGGGGAGCUGCAGGAGGCUGCAGUCUACUCCAAGAGUCUGAUGGAAGAUGGUAAGCGGGAGCUGUCGUCCAGCAUGCUCCUGGUCACUCCUGAGGAUCAGGACACGGGUCGAGCGUUCACCUGCCACGUCAGCAACCCUGCCGCCCCUGCUGGCAAGCAAACCUCCGUCACACUCAACGUGCAGCACCCCCCGACCGUCACUCUCUCUGUUGAGCCGCAGACCGUCCUGGAAGGAGCCAAGGUUCUCUUCGUCUGCUUUGCUUCGGCCAACCCGGAGAUCACCGGCUACAGGUGGGCGAAAGGCGGCGUGCUCAUCUCCGAGGCCAAUGGAGACAGCCUGGAGGCCACGGUCGACCACACCUACUUCACCGACCCCGUGUCCUGCGAGGUGUCCAACUCCGUGGGCAGCACCAACGUCAGCACCCUGGUGGAUGUGCAGUUCGGUCCGAUGCUGAUGUCUGAACCCAAGCCCCAGUCUGUGGAUGUCGGAAUGGACGCUGCCUUUACCUGCUCCUGGACAGGGAACCCACCUUUGACCUUAGCCUGGACCAAAGUGGGCUCAAACGUGGUAAGUGGACCAGCCCUUAUUUUCAGCACGUAUUCAAACAAUCCCACAGGAACCAUGAAGAGAGGUGAAAUACCCAAAGUAAACCAUGACGAAUCUGCCAAAGCAGUUCUCUCCUGUCCGCUUGAUUCUCAUUUUAUUCUCUUUUUAACUUGUCAUCGUAACGGGAAACACUCUGAGCUGAAGGCGGUCCCCAGGAGGAUGCUGGGAGCUAAGGCCGUGCAAAGCCACGUGCCGCUGAGUGGGAGUGGCGAGCAGGAGGUCACUCUCACAGUGAAGGUGCGUCCUGCAAUGGCACUUCCGGGAAGGGGAGAAGUUGAGAGACCACACAGCAUUUGGGGCGUGUUGUGCCCCCCACUGAUCACAGCAGAGCCCCUCCAGCACGCAGCCAAGGGGGGCAAUGCGAAGCUUGAGUGUUUCGUUGACAGCACGCCCCCGCCAGACAAGAUUUACAGGGACGGGCCAGACCAGGAAGAGCCACUUGGUGGAACAGUCCUCCGUCUGAGUCCAGCUAAGUGCAGUGGUGGCGGUUGGUUUGUUGCCUCGGUGGCCGGGGGAGUGAUGUCAUCGCUGGUCAUCACAGAGACGACAGAGCAUGACUUCAGCAUUCGCUACAACUGCAGCGCGUGGAACCGCUUCGGAGAGGGAGUGGCCCUGCUAACACUCCAGGAGCAAGAAGUGCUCCCCCUAAUGAUCAUAGUGGGUGCUGCAGUUGGGGGCGGAGCCAUUCUCCUGGCCUGUAUCCUUGUCAUCAUCCUGCUGCGCUGCAGGAACUCUGGGAAAGGUGAGGUCAAAGCUCCUAUGCACGCACUAUCCAAGAGUGACAUCCGAGUGCAGAUCGUGCACAGCGACCACAACGUGGCCCGGACCAAUGAGGACGAAGAGGAGGACGUGAAGGAGACAAUGGUAGGCCACCUUUUCUGAAAUAAUGGCACAAUGAAAAAUAGGCUGAUUCAGUUGUGUGUGUAGAUGAGCCUUGUGUCCACUGAGUUAACAAUUCAAAAGUCAUAGUGAGCUCAGUUGAAGGAUGGGGGUUACAAUCUUUUAUCAUUCAUUGUAUGUGUAAUUGUGUAUUGUCAAGUUGUAGGCUAUACUCGCAGUCCUACAAUGUCUUGGCAUGUCGCCGUAUCUUACCACACAGAGUUCACAUAAACAGUUUUAUCAUUCUAAAAAUAAGAUGUGAAACACAAGGAGAUGGGGGGCCGUUUCUGUCCACACGCCUCCUAGCGCAUUGUGGAAGUGGGAAUAGAUGUUGUGAAGAGUGUCUAUUACCAUACGUCUAAAUACAGGGCCAUUCAGCAAGGUAACCCUCACGCACUCAACGAAAGGGUCUCCUGAAAUGUGGUCUUAA